UCAUCUUUGUAGCCCUUCUCUGGACCCAUUCCAACAUGUCCAUAUCCUUCUUAUGUUGAGGAUUCCAGAACUGGACACAGUACUCCAGAUGAGAUCUCACAAGACAUGAACAGAGGGGCAGAAUCGCCUCCCUCGACCUGCUGGCCACGCUUCUUUGGAUGCAGCCAAAAGAGAAACUGGAAACUAAUCGACUGAAGCUGCUGCCUCUGUGGUGGGGUUGAGGACUUUCAUGCCGAUGGGACAGAUGAGGAAUCACCACUGCCUGCUGGCAGGUGAUUUCCUCUGUUGCAAGGAAUAAAUGUGCCCACCUCGUGCUCUUCCUCCAGUGCCAAGUGGAAACCAAGAUGAAAUUCCACUCAGUCGUCCCAAAAAAAGGAAGCCUAAAGGAAAGACCCCAUUAGAUGGCAUCGUACAAGCAGCUGUUCGUCGGCAGUCUGAAAGCAGUGAGCCCCUAACUCCUGAACCUCAUGAUGUACAUCCUCAGAGGAAGCGCAAGAAAAAGAAAAUACCUAUCGAUUCUGAGACUUCUUUUACCCAGCAAAAUGUUGCAGCCUUAUUUCAGAAUGGAAAUGGCAUGGAUGUCCCUGAAGCUGAAGAAACAGUGAUCCGCAAACAGAGAAAAAGGACAAAGAAACUUCGGCCAGCCGAAACACACGGUUCCAAUGAGCUGGAAGUGGAGGAGGAAGACAUCAUUGAAGAUGAGCACAGAAAGAGCCCAGAUCAGCAGCCUGUGUUUGCUGCUCCCACUGGAAUUAGCCAGCCUGUUGGCAAAGUGUUUGUUGAAAAAAAUCGGCGUUUUCAGGCAGCUGACCGUGCAGAAUUGAUUAAAACGACUGAAAAUAUCAAUGUACUUAUGGAUGUGAAGGCUUCAUGGACUACUAGAGAUGUCGCCCUCUCAGUGCACCGAAGUUUCAGGGUGAUCGGACUCUUUGCCCAUGGCUUCCUUGCUGGGUAUGCUGUAUGGAACAUCAUUGUGAUCUACAUUUUGGCAGGAAAUCAACUUUCCAUGGUUUCUAACCUGCUCCAACAGUAUAAGACACUAGCAUACCCAGCUCAAAGUUUGUUCUAUUUGUUGUUGUCUAUCAGUACAGUCUCAGCCUUUGACAGGAUUGAUUUGGCGAAAGCAUCAGUUGCACUGAGGGGCUUUCUUACCCUAGACCCAGCAGCAGUAGCCUCUUUCUUGUACUUUGCUGCUCUUAUUUUAUCCUUAAGCCAGCAGAUGACAUGUGACAGAAUUAAUCUCUACACACCACCUUCAGAAAAUGGCAGCAUCUGGAUGGCAGGUACAGAAGAAGAAAUUGUUCAGCCAUGGAUUGUGGUGAAUCUGGUAGUGUCUAUUCUAGUUGGGGCAAGUUGGAUCUUCCUGUCUUACCGACCAGAGCUAGACCACAGUGAAGAACUGAUGUUUCAUGCUGAAAUCGAGGAAUUUCCCCCGGGAGAUAUCAUACCCAGAGUCCAGCCAUAGUGUGGAACAAGCAUCUGCAAAUAUUGUAGCUGUCACUGAUGGCUCAACGUGUUUUGUAUUAUAGCCAUGUAUUAUAAUUUUCUUAAAGAAAAGCAUGUAUUUUUAUAUUUUGUAUAUAUUUGAUUUUGAUCUUUUUAUGUAUGCUGCAAUUUCCAAAUGUUAUUGAAAACUUUUAUAACUUCCCUUUUUAUUUUACCAAGUAGAUUAGUGCAUAAUUCAAGGUGGUUUUAUAAACAUUGCUACCUGUCUAGCCAAAGAAACUAGAUGGAUGCAGAAGAUCAGGUAUUUGGUGCUUUUUUGACUGUUGUACCACAGCCUGCUUUUGUUACUGAUGCUGAUAGGAGUUGACUUACCUAAUUUGGCUAAAUACUCUAGAGAUUAAAACUAAUCUUAUGAAGAAAGUAGUCUAAGGAAGAUUAUAACAAAACAGAGGAAACGUAAACAUGGUAAAGUUGGCAAGCAUGAAAUAAUCUGGGUUUAGUUGUUAUAAUAAGUAUUUGCUAGAAUGAGGAAUUAGAUUAUCAGGAAUAUUUUUGAUAAUUCCUUAAAAGAGGACACUUUAUUUUUCUUCAUUUAGUUCUCUUGACAAAGAUUUUUAUGAAAACAAGUUCUUUCAAGUUGAUGUAGACACAAGAAAGAGAAGUUUUAAUGUUGCAACAGUUUGGUCAGCUAGUGAAUACCUAAAUAAAUCUUUUUAAUCAAGCAGGGUGGGUGUGGGUUGCCAACAGGAUAUAUGUAUGUCCUGUAGUUUCUGAACAGUCAGGAUUCAUAACUAUUACAAAGCCAUUCACAGGAAUAGCGUUCCAAUUUCUCCUUAUCUUGUGUAGCAGGAGUAAUAGUGUUAUUCACUGCUCUUUGUGAAGAAAGUUGGAUUUCACAGAUAUUAAAAACGUUCCUACUUCUACCUAUUUGGAGGACAAAUAAUUUCCCCAAAAACGAUGUUUAUUGUUUUAUGUUGGGAUGGAAUGGCAAAUUUCAUCCUAAAAUUAUGAAAAAAUGCUGACUAAAGCAAAACAGCAGCCCCACAGCAAUCCGCCUUCUAGGCAGUGUGUAGCAGUGAUAAAGGCAGUUAGUGGGUUUUGAUGAUGAAGGCCAACAUUCUUUUUCUUUAUAUUAAAGUGGCAAAAUGAAACCAUUACAGAUGUGAAUAGUACAGACAUCUUGCAGGAUGAAACAGUCUCCCUGGCAGGCAUAGACAGGAGCUAGUUUGAAAUCCAUUUCUCAAGAAAGUAUCACCUAAAGCCCCAAAACUAUUUGUGUUUGUUAUUUAAUAUGAAUUGAUUUUGCAUUGUUUUAUUUAAUGUGUGUGUCUUAAACGUCAUUGUAAAGGUUCUGCAGUUGUCAGAGUUCCUUGGAGAAUUACUGUACUUCCUAGUAGUGAAGAUAAGGCUUCAAGGGGGAUGUUAAAGAGCCAGUCACUUUCUAUGCUGUUACCCAAGUUGCUUUAAACCAAGGAUGGGAACAUUAACAACUAGGGCUGCUGCUGCCCUACUGAGGACUUGAGUUGUGUUAGCUGGCAAUUUCAGUAAUUCGGUGUUCAUGACAUUUUUUAAAUGUUAUGAUAAUCUUGCAGGGGGAGGGAGACUUUUACUAAAAUUAGCGUACCUUCCACAGUUGUUCACUUUUUUCUGGGUCAUUCACUUCGUUGUGGGAAGGAGCUUGUUAACCUUUUCUGUAAAUUGUUAUUGUUCUUGUAUGGCUUCUUUGCAGAACUGUAGAGCUAAAUUAUAGCUGGCACUCCAUUGUACAUCAAAAUGGAGAAAUUCAGGGUUCUGUUCCCUUCAGUGUUACACUGGAGGUUCUUGUCAUAAUUUGGCUGUAGGAGACGGUGGAUGAGGCGCUGGAGCAAGUUGCUACCACGCUUUCUCCAGAUGUGGUUUGAUUUAUAGAACUGUUGUACUCAUGAAGAUGACAUUAAUAGUGGCUUGUCUUUGCUGUUUGACAUUUCUGUCAUCUUGCCAUGGUAAGAAGUAUAAUUUUGCCCAUCAAGCAUGGAGCCCAGACACAACAGUGCUAAGACAUCAAAUCAGUACAGAAAAAAAAGGAAUAACAUUAUUUCUAGGAUUUGGCCUUCCAAGUAUCCCUUGGACAAAGUGAUGCUAGCCAAAAGCCAAAUUCAUUGUGGAAUACAGUAGUUUGUUUAGAUGGCUGAGCAGGAAUUAAGUUAAUGGACUUAAUAGGAUCAAUAGUUCAAACCAGACUUGCCUUUCCAGUUCAUAUUUUUGGGAUAAUUGAGGUAUACGCAUACUUGAAUUAAUGGAGUUGGAAGUUUGCCAUUUUAAAUCACACUUAAUAAACAAUAUGAUGGCUUAUUAGCUAUUCUAUGAAGUACUUUUCAUUCCAUUAAGCCUCAUAAUGGAAUAUAAGUUUAACUGAGCUUUUCUGUUUAGUUACUUGUAAAGUUUUAGAAUGAAUUUACAAAAUAGAUGUUUAAUUACAGAACACGCAAUAUCUGUAGAAGCCUUAACUGAAAUGCCUUUGUGCAUUUCCAUUGUUUUUAAUGCAGUAUUCUUGUGUUAAUGAAAAAAUUACUAAGAUGUUAGUGCCAAUGUCUUGGUUUUACAUACAUGAAAC